GACGCCCCCCCGGGAGCACAGCCGUGGGCAAAGGGCACAGGAGAGCUCGGGAGACCCCCGAGGGGACCCACAUCAGCCAGGACCUGGUGGGGGGCAGCCUGGCCAUCGACACUACGGGGGGGCUGGCCAUCGACCCUCGGCCAGCCAACGAGACACGGAUCGUGGAGGACAACCACAGCUACUACGUGUCUCGGAUCUAUGGGCCAGGGGAUGCCCAGAGGAGAGGACUAUGGGUGGACAUGGCAGCAGCCAACAGGAGCCAAGUGAAGAUCCAUGGGAUCCUCUCCAACACACACCGCCAGGCCUCGAGGAUCGUCCUCUCCUUCGAUUUCCCCUUCUACGGUCACCUCCUGCGGCAAGUCACCAUAGCAACAGGCGGAUUUCUCUUCAUGGGGGAUGUCAUCCACCGCAUGCUCACGGCCACGCAGUACAUCGCACCCCUCAUGGCCAACUUCAACCCCAGCUACUCCCGAAAUUCCACUGUCCAGUACCUGGACAAUGGGACAGUUUUUGUGGUGCAGUGGGACAAGGUCUAUCUCCAAGGGAAGGAGGACAUGGGCAGCUUCACCUUCCAGGCAGCUCUGCACAGCACUGGGAGGAUUGUCUUUGGGUACAAGGAGAUCCCAGUGCCAGUGGUGCAGAUCAGUGCCAGGCAGCACCCCGUGAAGGCUGGGCUCUCUGAUGCCUUCAUGGUCCUCAACCCUGCGCCCGAGGUGCCUGAGUCGCGACGUCGCACCAUCUACGAGUAUCACCGCGUGGAGCUGGACACCAGCAGGAUCACCAACCUCUCAGCUGUGGAGUUCACCCCACUGCCCACUUGUCUCCAGCACCAGAGCUGUGAAAUGUGUGUGUCCUCAGAGCUGACCUUCAACUGCAGCUGGUGUCAUGUCCUGCAGAGGUGCUCCAGUGGCUUCGACAGGUACCGGGAGGAGUGGCUGUCCUACGGCUGUGGCCAGUCAGAUGAAAAGACCUGUGAGGAUUUAGCAGAAGGAAACCACUACUCAGCACCUCCUGACAGCUCUUCGUCGCCGCUGGGUGAGGAUGUGUCCACCUCAACGUCCUCACUCUUCAUCGACAACCUCACCACUGAAGAUGACACAAAGCUCAAUCAGUAUGCAGGAGGUGAGGGCCUGGGAAGCAGCUUUCCCUCCCAGACAGCUCCAAUCCACACUGGCACCAUCGUGGGCAUCGUCCUGGCCGUGCUGCUCCUCGCAGGCAUCAUCCUGGCUGGGAUCUACAUCAGCAGCCACCCCACGUCCACUGCUGCCCUCUUCUUCCUCGAGAGAAGGCCUCACCACUGGCCUGCCAUGAAAUUCCGGAAUCACACCAACCACGGCUCCUACUCGGAGGUGGAAGCAGCCAGCCAGGAGAAGGAAGGCUUUGUGGAGGCAGAGCAGUGCUGA